AGACUAGACACAAAACAUAAUCAUCAAACUUCAUCAGUCAUCAUCACCAAACAACAAAGUAUCUCUGGGUUUUGGAGGAAUCUUGGUAGCAUCUUCUGAAAAUCAUGGAUGAUGCAGAUGAGUGUUGUAGCCCAUCUCUGGAUCAUAGGUUUCUUUUUUUAAUUUCUUUUCAAUCACAUCUCACGAACACACACACACACACACACACAAAAAAAAUUCUUCUUUUGCUUUUAACUUUUCCAAAUUCAACUGUAUUAAUAUCUAUGUAAAAGUUUGAAACUUGAUUUCAAAUAACACGUAUCUUGAGUCUGAAAACAUCACUCCACGUUUCUCAGAAACAUCACUACUACUACUCUGUCGUGUGUUCUGCUUUCGUAUGUUUCCGGAAAGUUUUAUUUUUUAGUGAAUUUUGUAACUUCCUGAGCUCUUAUAUUAUAGUAUGGUGUCUGUAAGGUGUUUGAUGGUUUUCCUCGCUGUGUUUAAAGGUGAAUUGUGUAUUUCAACUUCAACCUGUUGUUUGAUGGCUUAAGAGAUACUCAACACUUCAAUCUUUUAAGUACACCCAGAGCAUACCUUAUCUUUGCUCUUAUCCAAAUUUUAGAUUCUGGACUAGCAAGAUUUGUGAUCCUUUCUCUUCAUCUCAGUGGUAUUGAUGAUAAAUGUUUUGUCUUUUGUUAAAUGGUGUGAAUACUACUAAUAUGGAUAUGACCAUUUAUGUGAUAUCAACGAUCCGAUGAUAGUUGCUGUGGAAUCUCUAGACUCAAGCAAAAAGAGAAAAGUACGUGCUGAAGAAUCAGACUUGUUACCUCUGCCAAAACACUUUUGUCUGGAUCAGCAACAAGCUUCUCGUCUUGAUUCUUCAUGUCAAUCAUCAGACAUAGAAUAUGCAGAGUGCUCUUAUGCCACUGAGGACACAAAAACCAACAGCGAGGAGGCCUCCUCUUCUGCAUCUUUUACAGGCCCUUCUUUGUACAUGUUUAAAGACUCUGUUUGUUCAACCGGAAGUUCUAGUUCAGGUUAUGCUACAUCGAGCAUAGAACAGUCCUGUUGUUCCAAAGUUGAUCACAAAGCACAAGAAGAUGCUGAUGAAGACUUUACUCUCAUGGAAUUCAUUUGUGCCGACUCAAAUUUAGCGGUUGAAGACGAUCUUCAAGAGGUUCUGAAUCCAGUGGGUUCUUAUAUUCUUUCUUCUGCAAGGUGGAGUGUCGGCAACCAAGAUUCUGAAGAAGCUACAGCGAAACCAACCAUUGAUCAAGAGUUUGAGCAGUACUUUUCAACACUUAUGAUGUAACAACAACAUGAAUCUAGAUAUGUAUCAGUAUAACUAAUCACGGUAAUAUUUAUGUAAAUAUUUCACCUUGUUUUUUUUGGUUAGAAACAUAUAAAAACCUUUUACAUGUCCCCAUUGUUGCAACUAUAUGAUCCAUGGAUGUCACGUUCAAUACUA